GUGCGCAGCAUUGACGCGCUUCUCCUGCUCUCACUCCGUGUAAGGGAAGUAAAUGGGGUGGAUUUUGGCGGGGUGAUCUGUGAGAGUGAGCAGUAACGUUAAAGAUGUCCAAACUGAAAAGAAAGAGAGUGAGUGUAGCGGAGGAGAGCAAACCUGAGGGAAAGCCAGAGAUACGAAAUAUUUUUCAGUCUCUGCGCAAUCCUGGCGGCACGUCCUCCAGCAAGAGCUGCUCCAGUGCUGGACAUAGAGGUGAUGGAGGUGAGCCAUGGUGGGCUGCAACUGAACUAACAGCAGAGGAGAAGAUCUGGAUGACCCUGCAGGGCUUCUGUCCUGAAGCGUUCAGCUCUCCUGCAUCAGUGUAUUGUGUUCCAGAGCUGCCGCAGUUGCCUGAGAAAGCAGAGGAAGAGAAGCAGAGCGAGUGGCGCUGGUGUCGUCUGGAUGAAGAGGUCCCUGAACUUCCAGUUCUAAAAGACCUGCAAAGCUGCGCCCCAAACCACUGCACAAAGCCCUGCGUUCCUAAUAGCGGGAGCCUUCAGACUCCAUCUUCUCCAGUCAAGCAGCUCAGCCAAACAAGGCAUGAACCAAUAGCAACCACUUCUCAGCGCCCCCUGGAGGACAAUCCAAAGAGCAGUGAAACAAGAGAGGGUUAUCAGGCAACCAGUUCUCAGCACCCCCUAAAGGACGAUUCGAAAGGCAGCAGAACAAGACACGAUGAGGAAGUGUCCAUUUCUCAGCACCCUGUUAAGGACAAUUCAAAAGGCAGUGAAACAAGACACGAUGAGGAAGUGUCCAUUUCUCAGCACCCUGUUAAGGACAAUUCAAAAGGCAGUGAAACAAGACACGAUCAGGAAGUGUCCAUUUCUCAGCGCCCUCUAAAGAACAAUUCAAAAGGCAGCGAAACAAGACACAAACAGCAAAUCUCCAGUUCACAGCACCCCCUGAAAGACAACUUAAAAAGCAAAGACACAAGAUGUGUAAAGCAAGCCUCCAAUUCCCUAAGCCCAGCAGAGGACCAUCAAAAGAGCUGUCCAACUCCAAAGAAAUUCAGCGAGAAGCCCGACCCGUUUAGAGAAGGUGAGAGUCAGCAACAUGGAAGCGUGUUGAUAAAGAAAUCUCAGAAAUCUGAAGGUGGGAAGUCAAAAAGCAAGGUCAAACUUACUCAAGGUGAUACCAAGAUAGAGACAACUGAUCACCACACCAGCAAAGCAGAUAUUAGAAAGGUGACGCAUCUGCAAGCGGAGAAAAUGCUGGGAAAAGAAUUUGAGGGAAAAUCUGGAACCGGACUCCAGUGUGAAAGUAAAUCCAGAUCAUUAGUGUCAAAAUUGGGUUCUGCAAGUGGAGCUGGAUCAGGAUCUGGAUCCAGAGAUUCUAGUCUGGAGAUAAAUGCUGACGGUAGGCCCGGAACAUCCAGUGGAGGAUGCGUUGCAGGACCAGCAGAACCUAAACUGGAGUGUUGUCCGAUGUGCCUCAUGCCGUUUCCUGCAGGGUUCUCUCAGAUGGACUGUGAUGGUCACCUGGCUCAGUGUUUGUCAGAGAUGAACAUGGACAUGGUUUGGUGAUUGAGUGACUGAUGUUUUGGAGAAGAGGAAACACAGAGCAGUGGAGCUCACAAUGAUACUGCAGUCUGGACCAGCAGAUUGUCUGUGUGAUGUGGUAACAUCCUCCAUUCUUCUGGGAAGUCUUUAUACUAGAUGUUGGAACAUUUGCUAUGAGGAGGAUUUGAUUGCAUUCAGCCUAAGAGUGCAAGCAUCAGUGAGGUCAGGCAUGGUUGUUGGAUGAUUAGAUCUGACACACCAGCUUUUUUCCAAGGUACUGGAUGGCACUCCGUCAGUAAAAGUACAUUGGGAGAGAAAAGGAAAAAGAAGAAUGUCCUGCCUGCUGUGAAGCAUGGGGGUGGAGGCAUCAUGCUUUGCAGCAUCAUGCUUUUGCAGCUCAUUCCGAACAGUGCUCUAUAAUCAGGGAUUAGAGCUCAGUUUCAGACACAUUAUGAUUUAGGAAUCUCUGUGAAAUAUUUUAUAUCACAGUAUCAUUAAACAAUGAUCUCUGUUUACUCUAUUUCGCUGAAAAAAGCUGCAGAUUAAACUAAACACAGAAGCAAA